AUGGAUGAAUUCCGAAUUAAUUUGGUUAAUAGCAUCUGGCUGCAGUUCGAGGAUGUUGUAUACAAGAUCAAACCCCAGCGCUCAGGAAUCCUAAAGAGAAGCAAAUCAGAAGAGAAAGUAAUCCUGAAAGGCAUCAGCGGCAUUGUGGCGCCGGGCGAGAUGCUCGCCCUCCUCGGCCCCUCCGGCAGCGGCAAAACCACCCUCUUAACCGCCCUGGGCGGCCGCCUCGGCGGCAACCUCUCCGGCACCAUAACCUACAACAACAAGCCCUUCAGCAACGCCAUGAAGCGCAACACCGGCUUCGUCACCCAAGACGACGUCCUCCACCCCCACCUCACUGUCUUCGAAACCCUACUCUACACCGCCCUCCUCCGCCUCCCCAAAACCCUAACCCGAGCCGAGAAGGCCGAGCAGGCGGAGGCCGUCAUCUCCCAGCUCGGCCUCUCGCGCUGCAGGGACAGCGCGGUGGGCAGCCACGUGGUCCGGGGGGUGUCGGGGGGCGAGCGGAAGCGCGUCAGCAUCGGCCAGGAGAUGCUCAUAAACCCUAGCCUGCUCCUCCUCGACGAGCCCACGUCGGGCCUCGACUCCACCACGGCCCUCAGAAUCGUGGCGACGCUGAGAGAGCUGGUGAAUGGGGGCAGAACCAUCGCCAUGACCAUUCACCAGCCUUCCACCACACUCUUCUACCUCUUCCACAAAAUCAUACUCUUGUCUGAAGGGAACCUUCUCUACUACGGGAAGGCCUCCGUCGCUCUCGACUACUUCUCCACCAUCGGCUUCGCGCCGCCGCUCGCCGUCAAUCCCGCAGAUUUCUUGCUAGAUCUUGCAAACGGUGUGGUGAGCGGCGAUUCGCGUGAAGAUGCGAGUGCCAUUAAAGGGAGGCUGGCGGCGGCGUAUGCAGCGAAUUUGUUGGAGGGCGUGAAGGCGGAGCUUGGCCUCGACGGCCGAGGCGAUGAUUCCUCAAUGAUGAAUGAUAAGAAGGUGAAUAAAUGGUCGAACAGUUGGUGGACGCAGUUCUCAGUUCUGUUGGUGAGAGGGAUGAAGGAGCGACGACACGAGCAUUUCUCCACCUUCCAAAUCGCGCAGGUCGUCAUCGUCGCCAUCGUCGGCGGACUCCUCUGGUGGAACACCAAUAUCACUCGCUUGCAAGACCAGGUUGGGCUUCUGUUCUUCACGUCGGCAUUCUGGGGGUUCGGCGCGGUGUUCCAAGCCGUGUUCACCUUCCCUCAAGAGCGGGCAAUGCUGGAGAAGGAGCGGGCGUCGGGGAUGUACCGCCUCUCGUCUUACUUCCUGGCCAUAAACAUGGGCGACAUGCCCAUGGGCUUAGUCCUCCCCACCGCCUUCUUCACCAUGGUCUACUGGAUGGCUCGCCUCAAGCCCUCGCCCAACUGCUUCUUCUACGGCCUCCUCGCGCUGCUCUACAGCGUCGUCUGCACACAGGGCCUGGGGCUCGCCAUCGGGGCCCUCGUCAUGAAACUCAAGUCCGCCACCUUCUUCGCCUCCGUCAUCAUGUCGGCCUUCACGCUCAUCGGGGGCUACUACGUGCAGCACAUCCCCAAGUUCAUCAGUUGGAUAAGGUAUCUGUCCAGCAUUCAGCACACCUUCAAGCUGCUGCUUGCCUCGCAGUUCUCCGACGACCAGACCUAUCCGUGUGCUCCCGGAAAUAUCUGUAGAGUGGCGGAUUUUCCGGCCAUCAAACCGGUGGGCCUUCAUGGGGUUGCGCAGUCUAUCAUUGCCAUGGCGCUCAUGCUUGUGGUGUAUAGGCUUAUUGCGUAUUUUGCGCUAUGGAGAAUUGGCGUGCCCACAAAAUAGACUCCAUCGUAUAUUUGUGAUUUUGUUAUAGUGAUAUCAUUUU